AUGUUUGAAGCAUCUUGCAUACGGCCAUUGGCCGUCAUAGUGGCACUUCUUACCGGUGCUUCGCUAUGCAUACAGUACGAUCCGGAACAAGUGCUAUGGAAUCUCAACCAAAAUCAGACAGCUACCAACGUCACGGACUACUGGGGCCAGUGGGAGAAUCACACAUAUACUCCCUCACCAGACAACUGGAGAUUCCCCUUCUACACUCUCAUGCUCGAUCGAUUUGUGAACGGUGAUCCUACAAAUGACAAUAUCAAUGGCACCGCUUGGGAACAUGACCUGACGGGCACACAAUUGAGGCAUGGAGGGGACAUCCAAGGCCUCGUAGACACGCUGGACUACGUCGCCGGCAUGGGGAUCAAGGCCGUCUACUUCGCCGGAAGUCCCAUGAUAAACUUCCCUUGGGGCUCAGAUGGGUUCAGUCCGCUUGAUCUGACCCUCCUGGACGCUCACUUUGCCACCAUCGACAUCUGGCGGCGAUGCAUCGACGAGAUGCAUGCUCGGGGAAUGUAUGUCUUGAUUGACAAUACAUUCGGUACGCUAGGAGACUUGAUAGGGUUCGAGGGGAACUUGAACGUCUCCACGCCCCUCAACUACGGAGAAUGGAACGCACAAUGGAAGACAUCAAGGAGAUACCAUGAUUUUGAUUUCGACAACACUGAGCUCGAUAUUUGUGACGUCGAAUAUCCUCGUUGGUAUAAUGAUUACGGGGAACAAGUCACGGGCAACGGCAGCGAAUACCUUGUUGGUUGCCGCGAUAGCGAAUUCGAUCAGUACGGAGAUAUUGCGGCCUUUGACAUAUAUCCCGAAUGGCAGCGACAGAUUUCCAAAUUCGCAUCGGUCCAAGACCGCUUGCGGGAGUGGAAGCCUUCCGUCCUGACGAAGAUCGAGCAUCUAUCUUGUCUUCAAAUCGCUAUGUUGGACAUCGAUGGCUUCAGGAUUGACAAAGGCCAGCAAGUUACGGUUGACGCGGCGGGACACUGGUCAAACUCCAUUCGCGCAUGCGCUUCCUCUUUGGGAAGGAGAAUUUUUUCAUACCAGUACGUGAUCCCGUGUGGUCACAACAGCUUGGUCGCUAACUCUUCGAACCAGGGCGAAAUUGUUUCAGGCAAUGCUUUUGGGGCUGUCUACCUAGGCCGUGGCAAAGAACCAUCUAUGGCCUUGAACGAUACCACCAAAGCUGUCCAGCUGACGACGGAGACAGCAGACGAUUCGCUCUUCAUUCGCGACGCGGGCCAAAACGCAUUCGAUGCUGCUUGCUUCCAUUACUCAACCUACAGAUCACUCAUGAGGAUUUUGGGAAUGGAUGGUAACCUCUUUGCAACAGGAGAAUCGCCUACAGAUUUCAUCGUCGCUUGGAAGACUUUCAUUCAGACAAAUGAUAUGAUCAACGCGAACACCGGCAAAUUUGACCCAAGGCACAUGUAUGGUUCGCAAAACCAGGAUAAUUUCAGAUGGCCGACUAUUGUCAAUGGCACCCAAAGGCAGAUUCUUGGCAACUUCAUUACCACGUUGCUCUUGCCUGGUAUCCCGUUGCUCGAAUGGGGCGAAGAACAAGCCUACUACGUCAUGGAUAACACCGCGAACAAUUAUGUGUUUGGUAGGCAACCUAUGUCCUCGGCCACAGCGUGGCAGGACCACGGAUGUUAUAGCGUGGGCAAUGCGAAAUUCGAAAAUUGGCCGCCUGGCAAUUAUACGAACGGCUGCAAGGAUGAUUGGAACAGCCUUGACCAUCGAGAUCCGUCCCAUCCGAUCCGCAAUCUUAUCACCACCAUGUACGAGAUGCGACAAAGAUACCCUGUUCUCACCGACGGAUUCUACCUUGAAACUAUAUCACUGCAGACUCAUCCAAUAUACCUACCUGGCUCUUUCGGCACACCUACGGAAACUGGCCUCUGGUCUGUCCGACGUUCCGGAUGGCCGAAUGUUCAGGACUUCACUACCGAAGGACAAAAACUUCAGGAUGUGUGGCUCCUAUUCUCCAACGAAGGCACCGAGGUUCCAUACAUCUUUGACUGCAGUAACAACGCUACAGGCUUACUAGCUCCCUAUGCCAAUGGCACUACGGUCAAAAAUCUAUUCUAUCCCUACGAUGAAGUCAAGCUGGGUUCAACACCGGAAUACCUCGAAUUGGAUAACGCUACAGAAGUCAAUGGGUGCGUUGGAGAAAUGACUAUGGAUGCAUAUGGCUUCAAGGCCUACGUACCCAUCGCUCAAUGGCUACGGCCCUCCCCAGUCGUCACCAAAUUCAAUCCCGGGCACGAUGCCCGGCUCUUGUCGAACCAGACUGUCCCGAUCGAGCUAUACUUCUCAGACGAGAUGGAUUGCUCGAACAUGCAAAAUGCGAUUACCAUCACCUCCACAACCGAAGAUGGUUCGGUCGCAUCGAUUGACAACAGCAGCGUCUCAUGCCAAAUGGUCAACGACACCACCGCCAGAGUGUCCCAGUACACGGGCACGGUGACCUCUCAGAUCCCGGCUGUAUGGAGAAUUGCUGGGAAUCUGUUGAAUGUCUCCGACGGGGUACACCAAGUCAACAUAGCCAACGCCACCACCGCUGUUGGGAACACUUCCACAAAUGCUGUCCAUCAUUUUCUUCUGCGUGUCGGGCAUAUCGACAAUCCCAUGGUAUUCACGCGAACUGCCAACUACUCCAAUUCCUUGCUACAUAAGGACACAAACGGCGCUCUCUACAUAUCGCACAAGGCCGCUGGUGCUGACUUGUUCCGCUAUUCGACGAAUUGGCAAUCCAGCUGGAGCGAAUGGCUGCCGUACAAAGGAGGAAACACGACUAUCGAGAAGCAGCCUUGGUCUGGAACCAAAGCACAAGCAUGGACAGGCGACCAUCUCACGGUGGAAUACUGGAGUCAGAAGACUGGCUCGAGUAACCACCAACAGCAAGGCGACCUUGUCGGUAGCAAUGAGAAAGCUCGAAGAUAUCCUCACUUUUUUAUGCACGGUGCCUUCAACCAGUACGGCUACGACUCAGGACUUUCGCAGACGAUGGUACAAAACAGCUCGGGCCUGUGGGAGUGGGACUUCAUGACCGAAUGGCCAAACGACUUUCAAGUCAGUGUUUGGGGCGCAGACCCUAGUGGCCAACCUGAUCUCACACGAGCUUUUGGAGAUGUUGACGGAGACGGAGUUUUGGACCUACUAUCUCCAGUGUCUCUGCUCAAAAAUGUUGUGGAAAUCACCGACUAUCCUCCUUCGCCGCACGUUGCAUACCGGGUUGGUGUGAACGACGCCGACCUCCGUUAUACUGUGACGCCUAUUGGUUCACGGGCAAGGCAAGCCGUAAUCUACUGCCUCCUCGUUGCGAUACCCAUCCUCACGAGCUGUCUCGGUGUGUGGAUGUACUUGUGGGUCUUUUAUGAUGUUAAACUCAACAAAGUCGGCAGGUCCGAGAAAAUGGGCAUCCUUCCAAUUGCCAUGAGAGAGAAAAUGCAAGGCCAUCUCUCAAAACUCCCAGAUAACGCCUCGGCAUUCUUUAAAAAGCCGAACAGUGAACAGCCCAGUAUUAUGGUCAACGCAAGUCGGAAGACCAUAUUGAUCGCAACCAUGGAGUAUGACAUCGAUGACUGGGAUAUCAAGAUCAAAAUCGGUGGCCUAGGAGUCAUGGCUCAGACAAUGGGCAAGCAUCUCGAACAUCAAGAUUUGAUCUGGGUGGUCCCUUGCGUACAGGGGAUAGACUAUCCUGUGGAUCAACGUGCGAAGCCGAUGACAAUAACCGUCCUCGAACAAGAGUAUAAUGUCGAAGUGCAAUAUCACCACCUGAGGAACAUCACUUAUGUCCUAUUGGAUGCGCCUGUCUUUCGCCAGCAAACGAAAGCGGAUCCCUACCCGGCACGAAUGGACGACAUCGACAGUGCUGUAUACUAUUCAGCCUGGAACCAAUGUAUCGCGGAGGCGAUGCGCCGCUUUCCCAUCGACCUUUACCACAUCAACGACUACCAUGGCGCUGUCGCGCCCCUGCACUUGCUUCCACGUGUCAUCCCUUGCUGCUUGUCUCUCCAUAACGCUGAAUUCCAGGGUUUAUGGCCCGUGCGGACUCCAUCGGAGUUCGACGAAGUCUGCAAAAUCUACAAUCUUAGGCCUGAGGUCGUCAGCGAUUAUGUUCAAUUUGGCGAGGUAUUCAAUCUCCUCCAUGCCGGUGCAAGCUACCUGCGUGUAUGGCAGAAAGGAUAUGGUGCUGCCGGUGUGUCUGAGAAGUAUGGCAAACGGUCCUUCGCAAGGUAUCCGAUCCUAUGGGGCCUUGACAAGGUGGGAAGUCUGCCGAAUCCGGACCCCACCGAUACCGAAGGCUGGGAUAAACAACUUCCAGAUAUCAAAAGUAUUACUGUGGAUGAGACGUUCGAAACCAGCAGAGGUGCUCUCAAGCGCCAGGCUCAAGAAUGGGCAAAUCUGGCAACCGACCCUGACGCAGAAUUGUUUGUAUUCGUUGGCCGGUGGUCGGUCCAAAAGGGAGUCGACCUUAUUGCUGAUGUGUUUCCGGCCAUCCUGGAAGAUCAUUCACAUGUACAACUCAUCUGCAUAGGACCAGUCAUUGAUUUACAUGGAAAAUUCGCGGCCUUAAAGCUGGCCAGAUUGAUGGAGUUAUACCCGGACCGAGUGUUCUCCAAGCCAGAGUUCACUGCACUUCCACCGUUCAUCUUUAGUGGUGCCGAGUUCGCUCUCAUACCUUCACGCGACGAGCCAUUCGGAUUAGUCGCGGUAGAGUUUGGUCGGAAGGGAGCACUUGGUGUUGGCGCCAGGGUCGGUGGUUUAGGGAACAUGCCUGGAUGGUGGUACACUAUUGAAUCAACUACCAGCAAGCAUUUGAUCAGCCAGUUCAAAAUGGCAAUAGAAGGUGCCUUGGCUUCGAAAAAAAGUGUACGGGCUACGAUGCGAGCACGAUCAGCAAAACAGCGAUUCCCAAUUGCACAGUGGCAGGAAGAUCUGAGCAUUAUGCAAGAUACGGCGAUCAGAUUGAAUCAGAAAGCAGCAUUUAAGCAGAGAGACAAGAUCGCACGUUACUCGGGCACAGUGUCCGGCGUGUCUACACCAUCUCGUAUCCUCAGAGGACAAUGGAGCAUGCCAAGUACAGCACCACACAGUCCAUUUCCUAGUGCACUUCCUAGUGGGACAACAACUCGCGCUACGAGUCCAGUCAGGGAAGCCAAAAGUGGCCCACUUUCACUAGGGUUGAGGUUCGGACCAGGUCAUGUCCCAACACGCGAUAUACGAAAACGCAACCGACUUAGCAAAUCACGGGCCGGGUCCAGACCUCCCUCCAUUGGCCCUCGAUCAGGCAGAAGUACUUCUGCGAACACUGCUGCUAACACGGCCACAAACACUGCCGUAAACAGUCGAGUUGGCAGUCGGACUUCCAGUCCCGCGGGUAUGGGGCGCUUCAGACUUAGAAGCAGAAGCAGGGUUCCAGACGAACAUACAAUCUCGAUGGCCGAACACGCUCCAGACAUGCCUCCUUUGCCUGAGGAUUUGACGUCAGCAGGUGGCCGCAAAGUGUCCCGAUUCACCGAAGGCGCGCACGGAGAUAUAGUGACGAUUCCCAACGACCAGCCCAGUCAAGGCGAUAUUGGCAGGUUCGACUUUGCGAACCCAGAUGGCAAUAGCGCACAACGUCGAAUCAUGAGUGGAGGGAACACGCCUCGUGGAGCUAGGACGCCCCGUGCGAACAGCACUCGGCGUAACAGUAUGAGCGGAGACGACUACGAGACCGACCUGACCGACGUGGAUGAAAGAAACGUGGACGAGUACCUCCUGAGCCCCGAAGAGCAGGAAUCCAGUCGGAGAGAUCGCAGAUUGGCGCGACUCAAGUUGUCUUUCGCAGCUCAUCAAGCCGGCCAUGCGCCGGAUGGCGGAGCUUCCCUACAGAUACCGACGCUUGCGUCUCGGCCAGCUUCGCCGGGUUCUACCAGCUCUUCAAAUUCUUCGCCACCUGGUACGCCCCGACCUGAGCAAUUCCUUAUCGAGUCGGGCUCUGGCAGCAGUUCAUCAGGAAAUCCUGAGGAAACUCCUCUCGCACCUUCGUCCAACUACCUGAGUCUCGGUUCAGUCUUGCAGGGCAAGAAGGAUUACAAGCUUCAGAGUGUGGAACCAUUUUUCACUGAUCCUACCGGACUAUACUAUAAUGCAUUCGAAAAGAAGCUUGAGAAACUGAAUGGAAAAUCGUCUGAAGGACCUCUUUGUAUCGAAGAUUACCUGACCUCAAGCGAGAAAGAUUGGUUCAGUAGAUUCCGAAAUGUCAAGAUGGGCAAAUCGGCGGCAGCAUCCCCAGCUUCGUCCGUCUUCCGACUCCCGCUCAUUAACGAGAGAAUGGUCCCCUCUGCCGUUACCUCGACUGCGGAAUUGGAACAUUUUGAUGCACACAACAACGCGCACGGGCAAUACCUCCUGAAUGAUGAUUAUAAACCUCCUACACGAAUUAAGAAGUUUCUUCUCAGGAGAAUUGGCGAGUGGCCUGUGUACUCCUUUUUGCUUGCAUUCGGUCAAAUCAUCGCGGCGAAUUCCUAUCAGAUUACCCUCCUCACAGGUGAGGUUGGUCAGGCAGCAGAAAAGCUCUACAUCAUCGCUUCCAUAUAUCUUGCUUCCUCAAUCCUUUGGUGGACCUUAUUCCGCACAUGCAAGUCCGUCUAUGUUCUUGCUACACCAUUUGCCUUCUACGGGCUGGCCUUUUUCCUCCUAGGAUUAGCACCAUGUGCUAAAACGGCAGUCAGCCGCGGUUGGGUACAGAAUGUCGCAACAGCAUUCUACGCCAUGGCUUCCUCAAGCGGCGCUUUCUUCUUCUCCCUCAACUUCGGCAGCGAAGGCAGCGUCCCAGUAGCAACAUGGGCCUUCCGGGCUUGCGUCAUCCAAGGAUCUCAACAAAUCUACGUCGUCUUCCUCUGGUUUUGGGGCUCCCAAUUAACAAACCAGACCGUCAACGGCAUAGUGUCGGCAAACCUCGCCAUCUACGGCCCUCUGUUGACCGCGAUCGCUACACCCAUCGCUAUCCUACUCUGGGUCAUCGGCAUCGCCUUAUUCCUUGGUCUCCCUGAUUACUAUCGUCAAGCGCCAGGCCAGAUUCCCAGUUUCUACAAAUCGGUAAUGCGCCGCAAGAUUGUGCUUUGGUUCUUCGUUACCGUUCUCAUCCAGAACUUCUUCCUGUCCGCACCAUACGGACGGAACUGGCGAUACCUUUGGAGCUCCGCUCAUGCACCAACGUGGAUGGUCGUUCUGCUCGUCUUCGGAUUCUUCGUGGGUGUUUGGGCUCUCUUGCUCGGUAUUUUCUCAAGAGCUUCGCUGCGCCAUUCGUGGAUUCUACCCAUGUUCGCCGUCGGUCUCGGCGCACCCCGCUGGUGUCAGAUGCUGUGGGCUACUUCCGGCAUGGGGUCCUGGGUACCUUGGGCUGGCUCACCACUCGCCGGUGCUCUAGCAGGCAGGUCUCUCUGGCUGUGGCUCGGAACCCUUGACGCCAUCCAAGGCGUCGGCUUCGGCAUGAUCCUCCUCCAGACGCUGACCCGAUUCCACGUCGUGUUCGCCUUGGUGUGCGCCCAAGUCCUGGGCUCCGUCGCCACCAUCGUCGCCCGCGCCUGCGCUCCCGACGCCACCGGUCCCGGCCCCAUCUUCCCCAAUCUGGCCACGAGUCUGCACGGUCUCCGGGAAGCAUGGUUCUGGGUCGGAUUGAUCGCGCAAAUCAUCGUGUGCGCGGGCUUCUUCCGCUGGUUCAGGAAGGAGCAGUUGACGAAGCCUUGA